AGCUUCUAGACCAGCAGGAGGAGGGAGGGGUCAGAGCAGCUGAGGGCCAGGAGAGAUGUGAAAAACUCUAGGUGGAGAUCAAGGGGAGGAGCAGAGUAUGCCCUCAGUUCGCGUGCACUAGAGGGAGCUGAUAUUUGCACAGCAGUCAGGGUCACAUGAGUGAUCAUGGUACAGCGAGAAGUUCUCCCUCCCAGGGCCAGGUCACAGGGUUUGUUUCUGUUCAAUCUGGAUCUUCCAGUAAAAGCUUCAACUUUCCACAGUGAAGCUGAGAGCCUCCCAAAGUGCUGGCUACCUGCUGAGCGCCCCUGUAACUCUGACACAGUAGUAAUUUGAGCCUCUGCAACUGCCGUCUGCUUCCUGUGAAAGUCCUUUCCGUGCCCACUGACCCUUGAGUGGGCCUUUGAGCUGCUGACUUUCAGCUGGAACUUGAAGGGACCCCCAACGCUGAGACACUAUGGCCCUGACCUCAGAGUUGGGGAAACAGAUAAAACUGAAAGAGGUGGAGGGGACCCUCCUGCAGCCUGCAACUGUGGACAACUGGAGCCAAAUCCAGAGCUUCGAGGCCAAACCAGAUGAUCUCCUCAUCUGCACCUACCCUAAAGCAGGGACAACGUGGAUUCAGGAAAUUGUGGAUAUGAUUGAACAGAAUGGGGACCUGGAGAAGUGCCAGCGAGCCAUCAUCCAACACCGCCAUCCUUUCAUUGAGUGGGCUCGGCCACCCCAACCUUCUGAGACAGGAUUUCACCAUGUUGCCCAGGUUGGUCUCAAACUCCUGAGCUCAAGCAAUCCACCUGCCUUAACCUCCCAAAGUGCCAAAAUUACAGACCUGCUGCCACCAUCUUUCUGGGAAAACAACUGCAAGUUCCUUUAUGUAGCUCGAAAUGCCAAAGACUGUAUGGUUUCCUACUACCAUUUCCAAAGGAUGAACCACAUGCUUCCUGACCCUGGUACCUGGGAAGAAUAUUUUGAAACCUUCAUCAAUGGAAAAGUGGUUUGGGGUUCCUGGUUUGAUCAUGUGAAAGGAUGGUGGAAGAUGAAAGACAGAUACCACAUUCUCUUCCUCUUCUAUGAGGACAUAAAGAGGGACCCAAAGCAUGAAAUUCGGAAGGUGAUGCAGUUCAUGGGAAAGAACUUGGAUGAAACAGUGCUAGAUAAAAUUGUCCAGGAGACGUCGUUUGAGAAAAUGAAAGAAAAUCCCAUGACAAAUCGUUCUACAGUUUCCAAAUCUAUCAUGGACCAGUCAAUUUCCUCCUUCAUGAGAAAAGGAACUGUGGGGGAUUGGAAAAACCACUUCACUGUUGCCCAGAAUGAGAGGUUUGAUGAAAUCUAUAGAAAAAAGAUGGAAGGAACCUUCAUAAACUUCUGCAUGGAACUCUGAGCAAGAUGUAAACACAAUUAAAAGGUGGAUGGCAAGAGUGCAAAUACAAUCUUCAAUCCUUCAGUCCCAGCCAGAAGAAUCUCUUAAAGCAUAUUGUAAAUGUAUACGAUGUAGUACAAACGAUCUCUGUGAUGAUUAACAGUAUGUCACUACUUCAUUUUUAAAAAGGGAUCAUGUCUAAUGCCCAUUUUCUCAACUAUUCUUUCCAAAGUAAGAUAUAAGAUAGCUUAAUAAACUAAGUAAAAC